AUGAGCAGUUCGGUGUACGAGCGUCCGGCCAAGCAGGGUGCGGAGGACACCGAGGAGUUGGCACCCCUAUCGCCUGAGGCCUACAGGCUGAAGUACAAGGGCAUAUACUCGCGCCUGAUUAGCGACAUAUGGGAUGACGCACCAGAAACCGCCGAGUCGUUGGGCAUGGCGGAUUCCAGCUCGCAGCCUUGGUCGGCGGGGGAUGUGCGCAACACCGACUCUCCGGGUGCAAAAGCGAGGGCGGCUACGGCAGACGUCACAGACAAGGCGGAGGGCCAAGGGGGCGGAGACGACAGCUUCGAAAAGCGGCCUCUUAGUUCCGUGACGCUGAACUUAUCUGACGAGCGGCAGUUAUCAAUGCAGCUACAGGACCUGAUAGCGAACAACUCCGACUUAGGGACACGGUUGUUAUCGCUGCUCCUCGUCAGCUCGGGCAACGCAGUGGAGAUCAUCAGCCGCAUCAACUCGAAGGACCGCGACCUCUCCAGCCUGGACACCCUCCGGCUGCUCAAACCGUCUAGCCAGUCGCCCCGACUGUCGGGCAAAGAGUUCCCCUCGAGUGACGCGGACGGUGAUCGCAUGGCGAACCGCACAACAUGCACCUCUAUCGGAACAAAUAGCACUACGGCUGCAAAGAACAAGGACGAAGAAGAGCUGUUGAAGCUCCAGUUGGAGAAACGGCGGCGAAACACCGAGGCCAGCGCUCGGUUUCGGAUCCGGAAAAAGCUCCGGGAGCAGGAGAAAUUGGGUAAGCUGAAACAGCUGAACGGUGAAAUAUCAAGCAUGUACAAGCGCAUCGACGAACUAAUGGAGGAGAACAGGUACUGGAAGCGGCGACUGGACGAGCUAAACGAGCGCAAGUCGAAGGAGCGCCUGGAUACUAUCAGACGCAGAAACCAGGCGGCAAGGUCGGACGGCGACCGCUGA